CAGGCUACUGAACUGGCCAAGCAGCAAGGUCUGCUGAAUAGAACCAAAGAGAAGGGCAAGAACCGGCGCUCCAAAGAGGAGAUCCGUGAAGAGGAGGAGCAGAUUAUCAGAGACAUCAUCAAGAACAAGAUAGACAUCAAAGGCGGCUAUCAGAAGCCCAAUGUAUCUGAUAUUCUGCUUUGUAAAAUCAUUCUGUUCCCUUACCAUCUGUGCACCUAUGUGGCAUGGAACUUCUCGUGGUUUUACCGUUUCACCAUUCGCGGGGAGGAGUAUGGGGAUGAGGAGAGACUUUACAUUAUCCGCAAGUACAUGAAGAUGUCACAGGCUCAGUUUGAUAGUCUGGACAACAGCCUGAUAGAGACUUUCCUCAAGCAGCAGCUCUGGAUCAAAGAGAAUUAUGAGGUUUGAGAAGAUUUCUUUCAUUUUGUAGCGUUGAUUCCACAAAAUAGAGCAGUGAUGACGUUUUUUGUAGACCAAACUGGAAGUUACCAUCCCCCUGGUUCCCUCAACAAAAUUCCAAUAGUUUUCCAUUGGAUUUUGGAUUAUUGCAGAAAAUAAGCCCAGUGACCAACAAACAUUUAUGAUUCUUACACAUUUGGUUCAUCAUUAAAAACUUCACAAAUGAAAGCAACUUUUAUUACAUUUUGAAGCCUAAAUACAAUCUGCAGAAGUAUAUAGCUGAACUAUUGAUCUAUUACAUUAUGACCAUCUACCUAAUAACCUUUAGCCCGCAAAACAUCGGCCAUGUGGCGAGGCAUUGAUCCGAUGAGAUGGAGAUAGGUCUCCUGGGGUAUCUGGUACCAUAAUGUCAACAGGAGGUCCUCCGGUUCCUAUACAUCGAGUGGUGGUGGUGAUGUAGUGCGAAUCCACUUUUCCAAGUCGAACCACAAAUGUUUGGUUGGGUGAAUUUGAAGGCCAAGGCAUUAAAUGAAAUUCACUAUCAGGUUCCUCCAACCAUUUCUGGAUCCUGGCAGUGUGGCAUGGCACAUUAUCCUUUAGAUAAUUGCCAUCAACGGCAGGGAACAGAGUUGCUAUGAAUGAGUGCACUUGGUCAGAUACCUGACAGCUGUCAGGAAUUGUGCUAUUGGGAUAAUGAGGCCUAAAUUAUCCCAAGAAAACAUUGCCCGCAGCAUAACUGGCCUGUGUCUGCCCCACAGUGCAUCCAGGUGUCAUAACCUCUAGGG